AUGAUUCUUUUGAGUUUAAAAAAACUUUUGUUUCUUUCUUUUAAGUUGUUCUUUUUGUUCUUUCUGAGUUGUUCUUCUUUUUUUCUUUCUUUCUGUUCUUCUUUUUGUUCUUUUAAAUUUAAGUUGUUCUUUUUUUUGUUCUUUCUGAAAUUUAAGUUAUUUCUUCUUUUUGUUUCUUUCUUGAAAUUUAAGUUGUUCUUUCUUUUUUUGUUCUUCUUUUUGUUCUUUCUGAAAUUUAAGUUGUUCUUCUUUUUUUUCUUUCUGAAAUUCUGUUGUUCUUCUUUUUUUUCUUUUCUGAAAUUUAAUUCUUCUUUUUUGUUCUUUCUGAAUUUAAGUUGUUCUUUUCUUUUGUUCUUUUUGUUCUUUCUGAAAUUUAAAUUUAUUUGUUCUUUUUGUUCUUUCUUUUUUUUAAGUUGUUCUUCUUUUUGUUCUUUUCUGAAAUUUUUCUUCUUUUUAUUUCUUUCUGAAAUUUGCUGUUCUUCUUCUUUUGUUUUUCUGAAAUUUAAGUUUAAUUUUGUUCUUUUUCUGAAAUUUUUGUUCUUUUUUUUGUUCUUUCUGAAAUUUGUUCUCUUCUUUUGUUCUUUUGAAAUUUGUUGUUCUUCUUUUUGUUCUUCUUUUGUUGUUCUUUUCUUUCUGAAAUUUAAGUUCUUCUUUUUUUUUGUUCUUCUUUUUGUUCUUUCUGAAAUUUGUUUUCUUCUUUUGUUCUUUCUGAAAUUUCAGUUCUUCUUUUGUUCUUUUUCUGAAAUUUGUUGUUUCUUCUUUUUCUUUCUGAAAUUUAAGUUCUUCUUUGUUCUUUCUUUUUGUUUUGUUCUUCUUUUGUUCUUUCUUGAAAUUUGUUGUUCUUCUUUGUUCUUUCUGAAUUUGUUGUUCUUCUUUUUGUUCUUCUUUUUGUUCUUCUCUUUUUGUUCUUCUUUUUUGUUCUUUUUUCUGAAAUUAAGUUGUUCUUCUUUUGUUCUUUUUCUGAAAUUUAAGUUGUUCUUUUUUUUUGUUCUUUCUGAAAUUUGUUCUUCUUUUUUGUUCUUUCUGAAAUUUGUUGUUCUUCUUCUUUUUUCUUCUUUGUUCUUCUUUUUUGUUCUUCUUUUUGUUCUUUCUGAAAUUUGUUCUUCUUUUUUUCUUCUUUUUGUUCUUUUUGAAAUUUGUUGUUCUUCUUUUUCUUUUUUCAAUUUAAGUUCUUCUUUUUUGUUCUUUUCUGAAUUUUGUUGUUCUUCUUUUUUUUUUGUUCUUCUUUUGUUGUUUCUUUUUUGUUCUUUUCUGAAAUUUUGUUUUCUUUCUUCUUUUUUGUUCUUUCUGUUCUUUAAAUUUCUUCUUUUUUGUUCUUUUCUGAAAUUUAAGUUCUUCUUCUUUUGUUCUUUUCUGAGAAAUUUAGUUUUCUUUGUUUUUUUCUUUCUGAAAUUUGUUGUUCUUCUUUUUUGUUCUUUUCUGGAAUUUGUUGUUCUUCUUUGUUCUUUUCUGAAAUUUGUUGUUCUUCUUUUUUUGUUCUUUUGUUCUUUCUUUUUUGUUCUUUCUUUUGUUCUUUCUGAAAAUUUAGUUCUUCUUUUGUUCUUUCUGAAAUUUGUUGUUCUUCUUUUUGUUCUUUCUGAAAUUUGUUGUUCUUCUUUUUGUUCUCUGAAAUUUAAUUGUUCUUCUUUUUUGUUCUUUCUGAAAUUUAAGUUGUUCUUUUUUUUUUGUUUUUUCUUUUCUUUUUUUGUUUUCUUUUGUUCUUUCUUUCUUUCUUCUUAUUUUCUUUUUCUUUCAUUUUUUUUUCUUUCUUUUAAAUUUCUUCUUUUCUUUGUUUUAUUUUUUUCCUUCUAUUUUCUUCGUUUUUCUUUGUUCAUUCAUUUUUUUGUUCUUUUGACAAUUCCAUUCUUUCAUUCUUUUUUCAUUCAUUCAUUCAUUCAUUCUCUCUUAAGUACUCAUAACACAAUCCCAUUCUUUCAUUCUGUUUUCAUUCAUUUUUCAUUUUCGUUCUUUUUGUUCUAUCUUAAAUUCUAA